AUGACGUCCUUUACAUCACAAGAUUUCGAACAUAUUCCCUUCCUACGACUAUUUCUCGUUGGGGCGGUUGCAUUACCGUUACUUCUGGCUUUGUGUUUCUAUUUAUGGGUAACGCCAAAUAGUUGGAAAGAUUCUCGUCGGAAGCAUCUUCCACCUGGACCUCGUGGAGUUCCGUUCCUUGGGAACUUCUUCCAGCUAUCCGAUGCAGAGACCUUUCGCUUCAAAGCCCAGGCAUGGGCCAAACAGUAUGGCGAAGUAUUUUACACCAAGAUGGGUGGAUCCGACUACAUAUAUCUGUCCUCACCGACUACUGUCAAGGAGUUGAUGGACAAGAAAUCGGCAAUCUAUUCUUCUCGGCCACCGGCCCCGCUAGCCAGCGAUGUUGCUUCAGCCGGACGGCGCCAGUUAUUCAUGCCAUAUGGUCCGAAGUAUCGAGUGGUCAGAAAGAUUGCUCAUUCACUGCUCAACAUCAACAUUUCCACUAGCUAUCAGCCAGUACAAGAUCUGGAGUCGAAACAACUUAUGUUCGAUUUACUCCGAGAUCCGGAACACUUCUACGACCAUAAUCGUCGCUAUUCCGCUAGCGUCAUACUCACAGUUGCAUAUGGCCAGCGCAUGGCCGAUUGGGAUAACCCGCUGGUGAAGAAGAUUUAUAGCGUUGUAAACAACUUGCAGCAGUUCUCUGCUCCAGGCGCCUUCCUCGUCGAUACCUUUCCAUCUGUCCGGCACUUUCCACAAUGGUUAUUUGGCAACUGGAGAAAAUUUGGUGAACAGUGCUUUGCACAUGACUCGGUGGUGUAUCUCAAACUUUGGGGAGACUUGAAAAAGGACGUUGACGAAGGUAAAGCCAGACCUUGCUUCGCCAAAGACUUCUACUUGAGCGAUCCCGAGAAGGUCGGCAUCGAUUCUUUGCAGGCGGCUUACCAGACAGGAGGUCUUGUUGAAGCAGGGUCUGAGACAACUUCGGCCUUCUUGAACUCUUUUAUCUUGGCUAUGACUCAGAGCCCUCGUGUAAUGCAAAAGGCCCAGGAAGAAAUCGACAGAGUGGUUGGAGAAGAAAGACUUCCCACAUGGGAGGAUGAACCCAAUUUGCCCUAUUUAAGAGCAAUCAUCAAAGAGUUGUUGAGAACACGACCGCCCAACAAAUUUGGAAUGCAGCAUUAUACGACUGAGGACGAUUGGUACAACGGAAUGUUCAUCCCCAAAGACACUGUAGUGGUAUUGAAUUGGUGGGCGAUCAAUUAUGACCCCAGUCAUUGGGACAAGCCCGAGGAGUUCAAUCCCGAACGGUUCCUAGGAUACAACCUUCCUGCAGCUUCAUACAUCAAUAUCGCCAACCCUGACGAGAGAGACCAUUUUUCCUACGGCGCAGGUCGAAGGAUUUGCCCCGGCGUUCAUGUCGCCGAAAAAUCUUUAUACCUCAAUAUCGCCCGGGUGAUGUGGGCAUUCAACAUUGCCAAAAAAGUCGACACGAGUGGAAAUGUGAUCGAACCUAACUCGGCAAUGGUACCAGGCUGGAUGACAAUACCUCAACCCUUCGAAUGCGAAAUCACUGUGCGAUCUGAUAAAAAGAAGGCUUUGAUCACCAAGAUUUGGGAUGAAGCGAAACGAGAAUUGCAGGGCACAUGA